AGGUUCAAACUUGACCGUUGAUGAUUCAGCUGUGAGACUUUUAAAAGGCACAGAGAGACAAACGUUUAAUGUCAACGUUACUUUAUCCGUAACGUUUCACUUAGUGAAACUAUAGUGUUAAUUUUUUAAGUCUUUAUUAAUUCAACAAAAUACCAACGACAGACUGUUGCUGAAAUGCCAAAUCAAAGAGACGAGGCCGCCGAUGAUUCCCCCGCUGACCUUCCCUGUCUGGAAAAACUUGACUCUCCCACAGGGAGCCCACCCACCGCCUCAUUAUCCAGUCUGAUGGAGCUGGAAAAUUGUGUUUCCAACCUGAACCUCGCACAUGAGAUAGUGCUGAACAGAGACUUCUGCUUCAAACCCAGGAGCCCUCCUACAGACAGCCUGGAGGGCAGGGUGACGGAGAUUGUUCACCGAGCGUUUUGGGACAGUCUUCAAGAGCAGCUGAGCAGUGAUCCUCCAAACUACAGCCAUGCUGUCACUCUGCUCCAGGAAGUCAAGACUAUGCUUCAGUCCCUACUGCUGCCCGGUCACGUCAGACUGAGAGCUCAGCUGGACGAGGUGCUGGACAUGGAGCUGAUCCAGCAGGAGGUCGAUCAUGGAGCUCUGGAUCUCCACAGACUGGCAGGAUACAUCAUCAACACCAUGGCAUCUUUGUGUGCACCUGUGCGAGACCCAGCAGUCAGGGCACUGAGGGACCUCGAGGACCCUGUGGAGCUCUUGAGGGAGAUCUUCCGUGUCCUGGGCCUGAUGAAGACCGACAUGGUUAACUUCACCAUCCAGAGCCUGAGGCCUCACCUCAUGCAGCAGGCCGUGCAGUACGAGAGGGCCAAGUUUCAGCAGAUCCUGGACAAGCAGCCAGCCUCUCUGGACGAUACCACGGCUUGGCUUCAGGCAGCAGCGUCAGAAGAGGCUUCGGCCGUCAGAGCUCAGUCUGAGUCUCCCAGCCCUGACAGCCGAGGUCCUGUCAGCGCCACCGCUGUCCUCAACCGGGCCUAUAUGCGUCUGCUACGCUGGGACCCACAAGACCAGAAGUAUCCUGAGACUGUGCUGAUGGACCGAGCCCGCCUGGACGCCCUGGGCCAGAGGCUCCAGAUGCUGGUUCUGGAGGCGUCAGUGCUGCUCCUGACUAACGCUCAGUGUGGGGGCGCCGUUUUCUCCCUGCAGGGGUUUGUAGGUAAACUCAGGCAGUCCGUCACUGCCCUGCUGGAGGGCAGUCACACCAGGGAAGCUGACCUGAAGGGGGCGCUGCUGGGGCUCGGGGAGAAAGUGCUGCAGCUGGUGACUGAGGCUGUGAGCAGCCAGGGAGGAGCAGUGCUGCCUCAGGAGAGCCAGGAUCUGCUGAAAGGACAAAUCUCAGAGCUGUGGAAGCACAACAACCCUGUCCGCACACUCAUAGGAGAAAGGGUACAGGGCUUCCUCCAGGCCAUGCUGCAGGGCGGCCCCGCUAAAAGGAGUCCAGAGCUGCCCGCUCCCCUCAGGCUGCUGAGCGCUGAGCUAGCCGAGCUGGGGACGGCCUUUGGGCGAAUCGUCCACUUCAACCGAACGGUCUUUGGUCCCUUCUAUGCACCCAUCCUCAGGAAACUGCUGUUCCCACCAGGAGAGGCGGAGACCAGGGAGGACUCACGCUUGGCUGAGGGCGACCCAGAAAACCUCCGCUGACCUUAAGAUAAGCUGCCAUUUGGUAUUGAAUGUGUCGCUAUAGAGUAUAAAUACAGUGAACAAGAUUGUUUAAGGGCAUUUACAGAAAAUACAUAUAUAUUAUAUUUUUUCAGGUGUUUGAACAGAAGAGUUUAAAUCAAAGCAUAAGGCAGUUACUUCAGCGUGUAUCUCUACAUAAACAUUAGGAAAACCUGACUGACUGUGUGAAAAAGAAUGAGUGACAGUUUUCACCCAAACAAGAGUAACACAUAGUUUGUAUUGUGUUCAUGAAGAGUAAUAACAAGAAAAUGACUGUGAUUCUGAAAUGUUUUUGAAAAGAUCAGAUGCCUGAAAAACAGAUUUGUUGGCUGACUUCAUCUCAAGAUAAACACCCUCAGGAAAAACAUCAAGUACCAAAGAUUAUGUAAAUAGUUUGUAAAUAACACUUAAGUUUUAAUAUGUAGCUGGUUUCAGUUCUCAUCUUUAUGUUGAUGUAUAACUCAGAUGUUUAUAUAUAUAAAACUUACCAAAGACAGUACGCACUUUUACUUACUUUUUUUUUUUUUUUUUGCACCUUUGAUUAAAAACGGCAACUAUACUCAGUGUUUCCCCUGCAGUUGUUGGCAUUAGUGGGAGGUGGUGUACCAAACCAAACAGGCGCUUAUUUGUGAAUCAAUAUCAAAAAGAUUAAUAUUCCAUUUUUGGCCGCCAUGAUUCAUUCCACUAAAUGAACAGAAAUACAGAUAUCAAAUUUCUUUAUGGAAUCACCGUUCACCUAGCUGAAUUUUAAACAAUAUUCUGGCAAAAUGAUAAGUAGAUACAUUUAUAACGGGCAAAAUAAACACAAAAGCAAAUAAACUGAAACCCUAAACUGAGCGCAACAGAAAACUCUCUGGAAAACCUGCAGUUUGUGAGGGUUUUUUUUGUGUUUGUUUGUUUUUGUUUUUUUUAUUUAGGUACUGAAGCGAGUUUCAAGACUGAGCUAGCAUAUUUUCAUUUUGUACAAAAAUAAAUACAACAAUAGUAUCUGGGAUGUGAGCCAAAAUCAGGGAUGUGAUUGUCCAGAUUAAUCUGGAAUUCUGAAUUUCUUUGACCGGUGUGUGUGUGUGUGUGGUGCCAGAAUGAAACGGAGAGGAUUUGACGAUAUAGGCUGAGGCGCGUGAAUUUUUUUGUAACUUAUCAAGUAUCUACUGAAAAAUUUGUUUGCAUUCAGCUCAAGCUCAACCUGCUUAUUUCAAAAGGACAGCAGUGAGCGGGGGAAAGGCGACCGACAUAGAACUUGCGAGAGACAUAACAUAAUUCGGAUUUCAAUCAAAAAAGGAGGGAACUACCAACGAGUUGGGUUCAGGGAAGUGAUAUGUUCAGCAAAGUUAUGCUAUAUAUAUAUAGUAUAUAUAAUAUAUAUAUAUUAUUUGUGAAGUUAUUAAUGUUAAAUUGCGCAGACAAAUUAAUUAAAGUGAAACUCAAAAAGCUGUGUUCCCACCAAAAACUUCCUAGCUAUAUUUGUCCCUGAACUACUUAUCCAGCAAUUCUAAUGUUUCUUCAGCCCACUGUUGUUUGUGUUUCCAUAGGAGUCUAAAGAUCUGAGGAAAUAAAGCAAAUAACUGACGUAUAAAAAAGCUGUAUGACAUGGGACGAGGGCUACUGGUGGUCACUGGGGUUAACACACUCUGUUACCUGUAUUUGCUGCAGUAAAUUUGAUGUAAUAAAUGAAAUGCAGAAGAGCAAAGUCAAAAUAGCAGCGUCUGUUAAAUCAUGUAAAAUCUAUCAGGUCAGUCACACGAUCUCUUUUUCUUAAUGUCUUUUAAAAAAUGAGUCGGUAGGCCGACAGCAAAGUCUAACUUUACUUUUAUUGUUGCUGAACAAAAAAAAGUUCUCCACAUUUUAAAUGGUCCUAAAACAGCACUAGAUUACUUCCUUGUCUUAUGACCAGUCAGUAAUGGUCAUCUCUGCAAACCUCACCCUGAAAGUUCUUAUAUUUUCAGAAAGGACUACCCUCGUGCAGGUAUUUUGUGGGGUGAAAAUGCACUUGAAACUUAAUUAAGACCCUGGUUUCUGCGGAAGAAAUGCAAUGAGUUCGUUAAAAGGUCCCCAGUAAAGGUUCCUCCAAUAGGUUGGUAAUUUUCCAGUAAACAGUCAAUGCCAUCAAGAGGGAUGAAUGCAAGCUAGCUAGGCAACAGCAUUUUUGGUAUUUUUUUUUUUUGGUGGGGGGGGGGGGACAUAAGUUCUCUCAUAAUGAAAUUCACAGAGGAGAGCAUUUUCUGAAAGAUUAAACUCUUUGCAGUCUUUUAAAAGCUCACAAGGCUC